AUGAGCGGUUCAACUGAGACAGCCCCACCGGUUCCGGAAAGAACUAAAAGGGAAACGGAAGAUCAGGGAAACCAGCCAGUGCUGGAGAGAAAACCGUCCGGGAAAAAGGGUAUAAGUAAAAUAUCGCCUUUUCUUCAAACGCAACAGGAUUUACAAAGGGAAAUGCGAUGUGAUUAUGUGCUCUUUUGGUAUGAGCGGGACCCCAAGACCCCACCAGGACAGUGUCCUAACUUUCUGCGCGUGGGUGAUCCUAUUCGAGUUUCUUUAUCACAUCAUGUCUUUAUGCAAAUGGCAUUUGGAGUGUUGAAGGACCGUUUGAUGAAGAAUCCAACACGAAAAAAGGCAAAGGAUAACACAGAUACCACUAAUAGGUACUCCAAUAAUUCUGAUAAUCCUCUUGGUUUACCAAAAGAAGGGAAGAAAAAUGGUCCAAGUUCACGUGAACAGGACACUGUGGCAUUAUUUUGCUUUCUAUGGCAAUAUGUGUCAAGUAUGCUUAAAUCACAAGCUGAGGCAAUGCGGCUUGUCGCUGCACAGAGUAAAAAGAAUACAGUAUUACGUCCUACAGUUCAAAUGACGAAGCAACAAUUACGUCUUCAAAUACUUUUGGAGUAUGGAAUUGAUGUGCGACAAGUUCUCGGCGAUGGACUUCCAACGACAGGGGCCGUAAGUGAUGAGUACUUUGAGCAGCUAAUGACGGGAAGUGUGGCGGAAGAAGAGUUUUACAAUCAAUUGGCCAAACCUUCAGGUAUGGCACAGGAUUGCUGUAUCAUGUGA